CUCCCCUCCGCGUUUCGAUACCCAGUUCGUGCACAACCUCCACAAUCAACAAUACUCGCCCGUCUCGCUCACCAGCAUCAUCACCACCUCAGCGUGCCGCAAAACCAGCACCAGCACCCUCAAAGUGGUCAGGGCUCAACUCUCCGCAAAGCGGGUGUGUUUGAUCCAUUCCGGUCCCACAUGAGCGGGUGUUAGGAAAUGAUCAAUUCCCGCUGAAAGACUCGUCUCCUAGCAGUUACAAGGAGAACUGCCCCUUCUAGCGCGCUUUUAUACAUACCUAAACCAAGAUGCCGACAUCUCUGCCCCGUAGUCUCGAACUCGAAUCUUCGUCCACCCAGCGUGCCAACCACCUAGUCCAGCAACAGCACGCAAGCAUUGGCACACCACAUCAGGCUACCAAGCAAGUAUCAGCAGGCACGGCUCAGCAGCAGCAACCAACCAAUCACCGGCCUACCAACCACCAGUACCUAGUAAGCAACACCCCCCUCCCCUCAACCCAGAAGACGCACAGCCGGGGCAACACACACACAGCACAAAGCAAAGAAAGUAGCAGCAGCCCAGAGGGAAAGAAACCCUCUACCCAAGCAUAUAAUAUUAACGCCGACCCCACACUCGCCCAUUUUCCCGCGCUCCCAAAAAAAAGAAAAGCAAUGCCAUGCAUCCAAGCUCUAGAGGUAUCUGUGCGCAAGAGAAGCAGCAGCAGUAGUAGUCAGUCAGUCGUAAACAAGCCCUGCCAGACCAGCCCAGCUCAGCCCGAACCGCAAAAGAAAAAAUCUCACCGCCCGCUGUGCCGUGCUCGCCAGCAAAAAAAAAAAAAAAAAGUCGUGAAAGUCGAAAAAGCAGCAGAAAAAGGAGGUCUUUAGGAAGGAAAAGAAGAAGAAGAAGAAACAAGAAGAACCCAGAAAUGCCCCCCGUCGCUGUACCAAUAACCCUGACUUUUUCGUUCCCAGUGCACGCUAAUCCCAUGGUUCGGAGUGGUAACAUGGAAAAAAAAAAAAGAAAAAAAAAAAGAAAAGAAGUGAGUA